UUUAGGGCGGCUAUAAUGCGUAUGAGUGUUCUCAAAUUUUAGGGUUCUUGGAGGGCAUCCAUGGCGACGGAGGAAGCGACCACGGCGACGAACUGCACAUUCUUCAAGAAGCCUCCCAAGAACAGGAAUCUGAGGAAGCGGCCACAGGAGGAAGAGGCGGCAGGCGAUGGCGCGGGCAGCGGCAGCGACGAGGAGAAAUCCGCGGUUGUCCACAAGCCAAAGGCGCCGCGCAAGGGCGGAUUCACGACCGGAGUAGCGCAGCGAUCGGGCGCCGACGAGGCAGCGGCGGCUGGGGCGGGCAGCACGAGCAAGAACACAUUCUUCUACGAGUCCUCCAAGGAGAUCCAGGCCCAGGACAGCUACGCGACCGCGGCGCUCGAGACCGAGACCGAGUUCGACAAGGACGCGCGGGCGCUGCGCGAGAAGGUGCUCCAGGCGGCGGCCAAGCGGAUCAAAUCCUCCAGCGAUCCCUUCGACGCCACCACCAACAAGGAGAAAGGCGAGGACAAAGGAGAGAAGAAGCCAGCGAUCUACAAGGGACUCAACGCUUACACCGAUCACCGCGCUGGGUUUCGGCGAGAGAACAGCAUCGCCUCCGAGAAAGCUGGAGGGGCUCACGGGCCUCUCCGCGCGGCCUCCAACGUGAGAAUGUCGGUGAGGUUCGACUACCAGCCGGACGUUUGCAAGGAUUACAAGGAGACUGGCUACUGCGGCUAUGGCGAUUCCUGCAAGUACUUGCACGACCGGGGGGACUAUAAGUCGGGGUGGCAGCUCGAGCGGGACUGGGAGGAGGCACAGCGGGAAAAGAAGGAGAGGUUGAUGAGGGGGAUCAAGGAGAUGGUGGAAGGCAAGGAGGAGGAUGAGGAGGAGGACGACGAGCUGCCUUUCGCGUGCUUCAUCUGCCGCGAGUCGUUUGUGAAUCCGGUGGUGACGGCUUGCAAGCACUACUUCUGUGAAAGCUGUGCUCUCGAGCACUACAAGAAGAACAAAUCGUGUUUUGUGUGCAACAAGCCCACGAACGGGCUCUUCAACACAGCACACAUCAUUUUGAAGAAGCUAAGGAAGCCAUAGCUGUGGGCUCUCUUCACUCCAACUAGUAGGGUUUAUGGAGGAGGCGUCGAUCGUGUACCGCUGCAGGAAGUGCCGCCAAAUUGUAG